AUGGCUACCACCAUGCAUAAGAGCAAGGAAAGCCACCUCGACGAGUUGGGCCAGGUCUCAACCCAGUCCCAGGUCGGCGUCGUCUACGACGACCCGAACGCUAGCUACGAUGCAGUUUUCGGUGAAAUCGGUGAAGAUGGUCCCAACUACCGUAAUGUUGGGUGGCUUGGAACAGCCGCUCUCAUGAUGAAGACCCAGAUCGGACUCGGAGUCUUGUCCAUCCCGGGAACCUUCCACGUUUUGGGAAUCGUGCCGGGCGUGAUUGCGUUGUGCCUCGUGUCGGGCGUGACAACCUGGUCCGACUACAUUGUCGGAGUCUUCAAGUUGAACCACCCCGAUGUGUACAGCAUUGACGACGUUGGUCGCAAGCUCUUUGGCCCCAUCGGUCGUGAAUUCUUUGCCGUGGUUUUCUGUCUCUACUGGAUCUUCGUUGCCGGCUCUGGUAUGCUUGGUGCCUCCAUUGCGCUCAACUCGGUUUCCACCCACGGUGCCUGCACUGCAAUCUUUGUUGCUGUGGCUGCAUUUGUUGGUUUCUGCUUCGGUAGCAUCCAAACGCUUGGCAAGAUCACUUGGUUUGCUUGGAUCGGUCUCGUCGCUAUUCUCAGCUCAAUCUUGACUCUCACCAUUGCGGUCGGCAUUCAGGACAGGCCUGCGGCAGCCCCUCAGGGCGGUGUCUGGGUCUCCGACUAUGUCAUCGUUGGCAAGCCGACCUUCGCUGAGGCGUCCUCCGCUCUCUCUACCCUCGUCUUCGCCUUCGCUGGUACCCCGGCCUUCUUCUCCAUCGUCUCCGAGAUGCGCGAGCCCCGCCACUACUCCCGAUCUCUCUUCAUCUGCCAGGGUGUUGUUACCGGCACUUACAUCGCCAUUGGCGUCAUCGUCUACUACUUCUGCGGCUCCUACGUUGCCUCCCCGGCUCUUGGAUCUGCCGGAACCACGAUGAAGAAGGUCUGCUACGGCCUGGCUCUUCCCGGUCUCAUUGUGACUACCACUCUCGUCAUUCACCUCCCCGCCAAGUACGUCUUCAUCCGCAUGCUCCGCGGCACCAAGCACCUCACUGCCAACACCGCGAAGCACUGGAUCACCUGGCUCGGCUGCACCUUCAGCGUCGCCGUCAUCGCCUACAUCAUCGCCAGCUCCAUCCCCGUCUUCGACGGCCUGGUCUCGCUCGUCGGCGCCCUCUUCGGCACCCUCCUCUCCUUCCAGCCCAUGGGCUGCAUGUGGCUCUACGACAACUGGAGCGCCGGCAAGCUCGACAAGAACCCGCGCUGGAUCGCCAUGGUGUGCUUCAGCGUCUUCGUCGUCGUCAGCGGCUCGUUCCUCAUGAUCGCCGGCGCCUACGGCUCCAUCGUGGGCAUCAUGGCUACCUACAAGGAGUCUGGAGGCUCCAGCGCGUUCUCUUGCGCCGACAACUCCAACUCCGUGUCGCAUUAG